AUGUUAAAGCCAAGUGCCCAAUUACGCGAUUUGGAUUUAGUGCAAUGGUUAAACAAUAAAUUAGGUGAUAAUAACGAAUUAUGGUGUGGACAACAAGCAGCAUCACUCAUUUCAAGAGAAAUGCUUGUCGAACUAGAAACUUGUUUUCAAUCUCUUGAAACCCAUGUUAAACUUAAAAUUGUGCUCGCAUUGCCCCAUCUUUCUCAUCGUCUCAUGACUAUGUGGAGGGAUCCGUUAAUGAAUUUGUUAAAUUUGGCGAGGAGAGAUGCGGAUGAUUGGAUCGAAACUGUUUCAUAUUUAUAUAGAGAUUUUCCUUCACAUAAAUGUAUCACACCUUUGGUCGAACCAACAUCAUAUUUUUGUCGAACAUUGGAGGAAUUAAGAAAAACAAUUAAAAAACAUAAAGAAGCAAAGAAUUUGAAAUUGCUGCCACCUGCUAUGCAUUAUGUAUCUGAAGCAGCAAUAAAGGCGCGCUUCGGUAUUGAAAAUGUUGAUGCGACCAAGUAUUUUAACUUAAGAAAGCCUGCCAAAUCUCAUUCUUUAAAGACUGAUCUUAUUAGAUCGGCAGAAUCCGGAGUUAAUUCAACAAAAAUUCAAAAAACUACUGUUGUUGCGCCAAGUUUCCCAAUUCGAAUGCGAAGCACUGUUCGCAAGCCUAAUAAUGAUUUACCUAUGCGUGGAAUUCCUUCUGUAAAUACGUGCAAGAUGUCAGCGGGAUUUACAAAUGAACCUCGCAAACGUCCACGUCAAUUAGUUAAACGAGAAGGUGGUGCUAAAUUAAUUGAUAUAGAUGAGAUUCCGCAAGCUCUUAAAAUUCGUAGACGUGAACAAGCUGCUGAAGAGAAAGCGAAAAAAUUGCAAGAAAAAGAAGAAAAAAAGCGACUGCAAGCUGAAAAAGCUGAUGCUGAAAAGGAAGCUCGUCGUACAGCAGCAUCAGUGAAGACGGAACCUUCGAAUCUUCGAUCCAAAAGUCCUGUUUUAAAAGAGGAUAUGCCAUCAACUUCGGUAUCGACGACUGCAACUACUACUACUACACCGUCUAACUCAAAUACAGCUCAGUCAUUUGAUGCAUCUGUGCCCACCGAACUUCCGUCUUAUGCAAAUGUACGCGAGCGCCCAACAAUGGAUUUAGAACCAGCAUCAUUUGCCUUAUUAACUCGAUUGGAUCAGCGAGAAACUAUCGCACGGCGGCAAUGCGAAGAAAUGCUAAGUACUGCGAAUGUAUUAGAUGUUCAAGGUCAUAGGAUGGUUACGGCUUUUAUGUCAGGAAAUAAAGUACAUCCAUUUCCUCACAUGGGUGAUGUUGUGACCUUAAAACUUUCUGAAACAUAUGAAGAUGAAUUGCGCGAAGAUGGUCGAAAUCAAAGAUAUCGAGUGGAAACAUACUUUCAGGUCAGUUCUGAAAUAUUGCAGAUGGACUAUCGAACAGGCGAAUGGAAACGACUGAGGAAAACUCGAGCACUUCGACCGGAGGAAGUUGAAUCGCUUAAUUUAAUGCAAUAUACUUUUACUCCAAAUGGCAAUAGUCGAUCGUCAUAG